AUGGGCGAAAUGCAAGGAGAAGAAAAAGGGGUGCAAAAAGAAUAUUGUUGUAGCCCAACUUUGUGCUUUCACGAUUGGACUCUGAGACUGGGCGCAUUUUUCUCUUGGAUUCUCCUCCUUCCAUCGCCAACUCAAUUCCUCUCAGAAUUCGCUUCAGAUGGUAAUAGCAGAAUCCCAACCAGAGUCCAAGCACUCAAAUCUGGUGGUGGUAAAUGGAAGAGAGGAAAAGAAGCAUUUAGUGACUCUGAUGAUGACGAUGAUAACGAUGCACCAACUGGGUCUGCUGCAAAUGACCCUUACCUUAUGAGUCCUGAAGAGAGACUGGAAUGGAGGAGGGCGAUAAGACAGGUGUUGGAUAAGAAACCUGAUGUAGACGAGGAGUUAGACCCGGAAGAAAAGAAGAAGAAAAUGCAGAAGCUUAUGGAUGAUUACCCUCUUGUUGUGGAUGAGGAUGAUCCUGACUGGCCUGAACAUGCUGAUGGCUGGGGAUUCAGCUUGAGUCAGUUUUUUGACAAAAUUACCAUUAAGAACGAGAAAAAGGAUGAUGAUGACGACGAUGAUGUUGACCGUCCCGAAAUGGUGUGGCAAGAUGAUAAUUACAUUCGUCCCAUCAAAGACAUAAAGACUGCAGAAUGGGAGGAGACAGUAUUCAAAGACAUAAGUCCCUUGAUUGUUCUUGUGCACAAUCGAUAUCGAAGGCCAAAGGAGAAUGAAAAAAUUCGGGAUGAACUGGAGAAGGCUGUGAACAUCAUAUGGAACUGCAGAUUGCCUUCACCGAGAUGUGUUGCAAUUGAUGCUGUUGUUGAGACUGAACUGGUUGAUGCACUUCAAGUAUCAGUAUUCCCAGAAAUAAUCUUCACUAAAGCUGGCAAGAUUUUAUUCCGUGAUAAAGUCAUUCGCAACGCAGAAGAGUGGUCAAAAGUCAUGGCUUAUUUCUACUAUGGUGCAGCAAAACCAUCCUGUUUGAAUAAUAUGACAUUUUCCCAAGAAAAUAUUCCUUCUAUUGUCACUAAUAAUCCAGUGUCCUGA